AUGGUUCUCCUGUGGAUGAUCCUGUUGGUGCUUCUGCUCUGUGCAGAGGCCGAGAAUGUGAGAGAGGUCAGAGGAGAGCUGGGGACCAAUGUCACUCUAACCUGCUCCGAUCAGACAGCAGACACACACUGGUACAUGGAGAUCUACAGUCAGUUCAGAGCAUGUAUCGGCCGCAGUUUUUCCUCAGCAGGCUCUACCUACUGCUCUCCUGGUUUUGAAACCAAAUUUUCAGUCCUGGGAAACAAACUGAUAAUUAAAAACUUGACAGCAGAGGACUGCAGGCUUUACUUCUGUGGCAUCGAGAGAGGAGGCAGCAUUCAUUUUGUUGAAUCUUUCCACCUUGUCUCAAAUGUCAUUGUUCCUCCCAACGACCCACAGAACGACUGCUAUAAGAGUCGCCUCAUCAUCAUCUGUGUCUCAGUGGCUGCCUUUAUCAUUCUGAUAAUCAGAGCAAAUACUACGACCGAUGCUUCAGGUCACAUCUGUGAUGCUACAGAGCUACUGCGGGCUGUGCAGAAUCACAUCAGAGCUGAGCUGCUUUCAGACGACUCCGUCUUGUUGUGGAUGCUGAAGCUGAUCAUGGUUCUCCUGUGGAUGAUCCUGUUGGUGGUUCUGCUCUGUGCAGAGGCCGAGAAGGUGACCGAGGUCAGAGGAGAGCUGGGGACCAAUGUCACUCUAACCUGCUCCAAUCAGACAUCAGACCCACACUGGUACAUGGAGAUCCACAGUCAGUUCAGAGCAUGUAUCGGCCGCAGUUUUUCUUCAGCAGUCUCUACCUACUGCUCUCCUGGUUUUGAAUCCAAAUUUUCAAUCCUGAGAAACAAAAUUGUGAUUAAAAACUUCACAGCAGAGGACUGCAGGCUUUACUUCUGUGGCAUCAAGAGAGAUGGCAGCAUUCAUUUUGUGGAGACUUUCCACUUUUUGUUAGAUGCGUCUACCAGCAACCCACUGAAGGACUGCAUCAUGACUCAGUUCAUCCUCACGAUAUCCGUCUCAGUUGCCGCUGUCAUCAUUCUGAUAAUGGGUGGGGUUUUGAUACUGCUGUGUUCGAGGAAGAACAAAAGUAGCAAACAGGUGGAAGAGCCUUCAGCUCACAUCUACGAGAACGCAGAAACACUGUGGGCUAUUCAGGGCAAGGUGAUCCACCCCUACCGAGCAAGACAUCACUGAACGAGUUCUUUCAGACGCUACAAGACUUCAUUUGUUGUAUUUCACUGAAAAACAUACAAACAUUUGUGCACAUUUCUUCUCUGCAGCAAAUACAUUAAUUUUUUGCUAGUGCUGUAGAGCGUUAAUCUCGUUAAAAUGAUGUUAACGCCAUAACCGCGUUAACGCGACAAAUCUGCAUUAGCGAGUCAAUGUGGAUCGCCCCGUGCGUGGGGCUGCACAGCGUCAACGCAUAGAUUUGCCACGUCACUGCGGUUAUGGCGUUAACGUCAUUUUAACGAGAUUAAGGCUGACAGCACUACAUUUUGUAUAUUAUCAGGUUUGUUGGAAGACAUCUGUCCACUUGAGAUGUAAAACUUUCCAAUCAUAUGGAAAGGUGUGCGUUUUAAAAGAUAAACUAUAAGCUGCUGUCAAACCCUGUCAAGAUGGAAUCUGAAGGCAGACAAUGAUUCAAACUUGUGGGUUCAUUUUGCAGUAUUAGUACUAGGUGGAGGCAAUAACAGUAUUUAUGAUACUAACAGAAAUUUUAUAAAAUACACUGAGUAACAGUAGUAAAAGAAGUACAAACAUAGUUAAUGUCAACAUCAUAGGUAGUAGUUUUCGUUAAAGUUCUUGAAAAUGGAGCAGUAACCUAUUAAUAGAUGUAGUAAAGUCUACGUUUGUGGUAGAACUGAUGCAGUAGUAAUAACAGCAAGGAUUAUGGGUAGUUUUUGCAGGAAUUUUAUAGCGUUACUGUCAGACAGGAUGGGGUUGGUGGGUAAAACGUUUCCUGACUUCUUCUUUUCUGCAAAGAUUCUGGCAACGCCUGAAGAAAAAGUAGAAAAGAGGAAAUAAUUUGAAGUGCUAAUUUUACAAACGUUUCCAGGGAAAUAUGGCUACUCUGCAUGACUUCACCAUUAAAAUCCUACUGUCAUCACUUCUUCUGCACACAACGAUGUGGCUGAAUUUAACUUUAAAGUCUUCACUCUCAGAAACAGCCAAAUGUAUUAGAUGUGCUGAGUGUGUUGGGAGGUUCUUCAGAACCACUGAGGUAUCUGACGUACCACAUCUUUUGGUGUGCAGCUGAUCACUUAUGUAACAGAUGGUCCCUACAGUCAUGUGUAAAAACUAGAUUUUUGCCUUGAAUAAGAGUUUAUAACUCUGUCAGGCUGGAGAUGGAGGGCAGACCUUUCUUCUUAUUUGACUGUUUCAGUAUUGGCUUUUGUACCAGACGUUUUACAGUCAUAGCAGUAACAGUAACUACUGUACUGUUUGUACUUCUGCUUUUGGUUUUCUCUUAUUGUUAGCAAUAUAGAUGGUAGCAGGAUUUGUAAUGAUUAUAGUAAAUGUUGCAGUAACUUACUAAUAGAUGUAGAAAAGGCUGCCCUAGAAGUAGUAAUACCCUUGGUUAAGGGUAGUUGUAGCACAGGACCUGUAAAACCAUGCAAAUAGUAUAAAAUGGAGUUUGUCUUUGACUCAUUUGUCUGUUUCCACUUGUUUGUUUCACUGUGCAAUUUAAAAAAUGUAAAUGGAGUCAAAUGUUUUAUACUUUUUACUUAAUUUAAUUUAUAUUUAACUAUCUUUUUUUUAUUUUCAAGUCACUUUCUUUUCAGUAUCAGCUAUGAGCUGUUGUUAAGGGAAGAUUUACGAUGUUCAGAAAAUACAUUAUGAUCCGAGCAGAAUUUCAUUUUUUUUUCCAUUUUCAUUUUCUUUCAAUUUGUAUUUUAAGUUCAGUUUAAUGUCAUUUCUCUGUGAUUUACCAUCUCAACACUUACAUUUCCUCUUACUAAUAACAUCUCUGAUACAUACAUAUGAUGCAGAGUAGUUUGCAAAGAAAUCCUUAAUAACGGAGAGCUCCUGUAAUGCCUGAUUUAUUAAAACAAGUUAAACAGGUUCAGACUGCACCAGCGUCUCUGAGAAAUUAACUGGCAGAAUGAAUGCACAAAGUUUAACCAUUUUUCUGUAAAUGUUACCAGUUAGUCAUGCAACCCUUUUAAUUACAUUUUUUAAAUUGUAUAUAUCAAGAUUUAUGCUUGAACUGCUGAGUUGUUGGUUUUUUUUUUUAGAUAAAUGAUGACAGGAAAUCCAAAUUACAAGCACCUGAUUUCACAGAACGUGACGCAUUGCCUGAAAUUAAACAGCAUAGAAAAUGUUUAAAGUGAGCUCAGGCUUACACAUCUGCAGCAGUAAUAUUAAUCAUAUUAAUAUAUUAAUAAUCCAUGAAAUCCAUUUCAUAAUAAUUCACAAUAUACAGCUACAGUUACAUGUGUAGUGGGUUUUUCAUAGUGUUUUUUUGUUAUUUUUAUUUAAAAUAAUCCUCUACCUUUUGACUGUCAUGGAUUUGCGGUGUAGCAGGCAGGAUGUAGGACUCAUAAAUAAAGAGUGAACUAAAAGAGGCAGCUUUAUAUUGGCUGUAAAUGACUCUUCACACAUACAGGAAACAAAACCAAAAGCAAGGAACUAGAAAUAUGAACUUGAAUCAAAACACUAUUAAACUUGGACACUAAGGAACUAAACUGGGAAACAGAGAGCUAGAAAACUACGAAGAGCACGGAGGAAAAAACACACAGCAAAGAGGAUGUCCACGAGGGUUACAGACGUGACAACAAGCAGCGGAAGACUGAGGACUAAAAUACACAGGCAGGCUAACGAGAGGAUGGGGAACAGGAAGAACACAUCGGGGACUAAUCUGACGUGAUGAGACAGGGGAAAAGCAAAACUCCAAAACACUGAACAAGCAAAGUAACACAGGAAGCAUGACACAUAGACGUGGACUUGACACUGAGACACAGAAACAUGACAGACUCGGGAACAGCGGGAACAUGAAGCACAGAGACAAGACCUGGGACACAGGAAAGACAUGAAGACAAAACUAAGACUGGGCAUAUAACACAAAACUAUAAUACAAAACUCAAAGAGUAUAACUAAACCCAAAAAACACAAACACUGGGCAGCCAGACCCAGUGCCCUGUCAUUGACAUUGUCUGCUAGUGGCAAAUUUUAGGCUGAUCACUGUAGAAGUGACAGAUUUUACAGUUUGUCAGCCAAGGAAGGAGUGCAGCAAGCUUUCAUGUUUCUCUUGCUUUCUUUCAUGUAAAAGUUUGUUCCUCAUUUCUUCUUUUACUUCCUAUAAAGGUUAUUGCAUGCCACUGGUAGUACCAGAGGGUGCAUGCUUGUGUUUCAUGUUGUAGCAGUAUUAUGGUACUCUUUACAUUACUUGAAGUGUCGGAUCACAUAACAAUUGGACUUAAUGUUACAUUUUGAAAUAAAUACUAUAGUUAAAUGUAUAGAAAUGUGAGUUUUUCUCAGGACUGGAUUGGGACAAAAAAAUCGGACCACACAUUUUGGUCUAGAUUCCCCCCCA